GUGGGCUCCAUCCUCAAGCACCUCUUCCCGGUGCCGCGUCCCGACAGCCACCGUGUCGUCACCUUCGCCAACACCGACGACGUCAUCUCCUUCCGGAACCACACAUUUCGGCGCCGCGGCCGCAACGUGGAGCUCACGGAGCUGGGACCCCGCUUCGAGAUGCGCCCCUACCUCAUCCGCCUGGGCACGCUGGAGCAGGGCGCCGCGGCCGACGUCGAGUGGCGCUGGCACCCGUACACGGCCACGGCGCCCAAGCGGCGCCUGCUCGGGGAGGCCUAGCGGCGCCGGACGCCUGGGCCCCCUCCCGGACAGCAGGACCCUCUGGACRCUCGGGCCCUCUCCCAGACGCCAGGGCCCUCUCG